AUGUCAAUUAAAUUAUCGCAACAAUUUCAAAGAAUUCUUCAUAGUGGAAAUAGAAAUGAGGCCUUGUCUAAUGGUAUUCACACAUCAAAGUAUACUGUUUAUAACUUUAUUCCAUAUUUUUUAUAUGAACAAUUUAGAAAAUUAGCAAAUGUUUAUUUCUUAUUUAUUUCUUGUUUACAAUUAAUUCCAGGACUAUCGCCAACAGGGAGAUAUACCACUUUAUUUCCUCUUUGCGUUGUAUUAAUAGUUUCUGGGAUAAAAGAAAUUUAUGAGGAUCUUAGAAGACAUAGAGAUGACCAAAGAGAAAAUAAUAGAAUGGCACUGAAAAAAAUUAAAAAUAAUGUCAUUGAAAUACCAUGGAAAGAUGUUGUUGUUGGAGAUCAUUUAAUUAUUAAAAAAAAUGAAACUAUUCCAUGUGAUGGUAUUGUAGUAUCAAGUAGUAAUAAAAAUGGAGAAUUAUUUGUGGAAACAAGUCAAUUAGAUGGAGAAACUAAUUUAAAGAGUAAAUAUUCUUGUAGUAUAUUUAAAGAAUCAAAAGGGUUAGAUGAAAAAAUAGAUAUUUAUUAUAAUGAUCCUUCUUUAGAACUAACUAAAUUUGAAGGAAUGGUUGUUAAUCAAUUUAAUGAUGUAGAACGGUUAAAUGAAAAACAGUUUCUAUUAAGAGGAAGUAAAUUAAAAAGAGUAAAUGAAAUUGAAAUGAUUUGUUUAUAUGUUGGAAGUGAAACAAAACAAAUAUUAAAUGGAAAAGAUGCUAUUUUAAAAAGGUCAAGAAUGGAAUUACAAACAAAUAGACUUGUUAUGGUAAUGUUUACUUUAGCAAUUAUAUUAUCAAGUAUUAGCACAAUUGGAUUUUUUAAAUGGAAUUGGGAAUUUGAAUUAUGGUAUCUUAAUGACGAUGGAACAAAUGAUAAAUUGUCAUACCUUUGGAUAUUUUUUACUUUUAUAAUUCUUUAUAAUAAUCUUGUGCCGAUUUCAUUAUAUGUAUGUCUUGAAAUUAUUAAAUUAAUUCAGGCAUUUUUUAUUGAGAAUGAUGAAGACAUUAAACAUUCAGUAAAUACAAGAUGUAGAAACACAAAUUUAGUUGAAGAACUUGGAACAGUUAAAUUUAUAUUUGCUGAUAAAACAGGAACAUUAACAAAAAAUGAAAUGCGGUUUAAGAAAUGCUUUGUUGAUGGCAAUGAGUAUAAUAAUUCAUUUUCAUUUGAUAAUGCUAAUAAAAAAGAACGAUGGUUUUUAAGAUGUUUAUCAACAUGUCAUACAGCAGAUAAAACUGAUAAAGGAUAUAGUGCUUCAUCAGCUGAUGAAGAGAUAUUAGUUAGUCUUGCAAAAGAAUUUGGAGUAGAAUUUAAAGAAAGAAAUUCAGAAGAAAUAAUAACAAGUGAAGGGACGUUUAGAUAUUAUAUAAUUCCAUUUAGUUCUGAAAGAAAAAGGAUGUCAGUUGUGCUAAUACAGAAUGACAAAGGAUGGAUAUUUAUGAAAGGAGCUAAUGGAAUUGUUCAACGAAGUUGCCAAGAUAAAAAUGAAGAAAUUGAAAAGAAAUGUAAAGAAUAUGCAGAAGAAGGUUUGAGAAUAUUAGUUAUUGCUGGUAGAGAAUUAAAGAAAGAAGAAAUACAAAAUAUUAAUAAAAUUAAUGAAAUUGGAAAAAUGGAAAGCUUAGAAAAAGAAUUAAUAAUAUUAGGAUGUACUGCUGUUGAAGAUGAAUUACAAGAAGGAGUUAUUGAAAGUAUUGAAAUAUUAAAGAAAGCAGGAAUUGUUGUUAGUAUGCUUACUGGUGAUAUGAAAGAAACAGCUAUUACUAUUGCAAGAAAUGCACAUAUAUUAAAUAAGAAAGAAGAAGAAAGUGAACUUAUAAUAAGUGGAAAUGAAAUGAGUUUAAUGCUUAAGAAUAAUAAAGAAGAGAUUGUUAAAAAAAUAAUUUCCUCUUCUGGAGUUUGUGUAUAUAGAUGUACGCCUAAUGAUAAAUCUAAUGUUGUUAAUAUCAUUAAUGAAUAUCUUCAUCAACAAGAAACAAUGAGUUCGACAUUAAGUAUUGGAGAUGGCUGUAAUGAUGUUUCUAUGAUUAGAACAGCAAAUAUUGGAAUAGGAAUUACAGGUAAAGAAGGAAUGUCAGCAGCAAGGGCUGCUGAUUUUUCCGUAGAGAAAUUUAGAGAUAUUGUUAAAUUAUUACUUGUUCAUGGGAGAUAUUCAUUUAAUAGAAUUGGGAUAUUUACUUCACAUACAUUAUACAGGAGUAUAUUAUUAUUUAUUACCCAAUUUUAUUUUGCAUUCUUUUCGGGGUUUUCAGGAACUUCUAUAUAUGAGAGAUGGAGUUUGGUAAUGUUUAAUAUUUUAUUUUCAAUAUUAUUACCAAUGGUUGUUGCUACAUUUGAUAAAGAUUAUAGUCCAUAUGAAUUAAUAAGUAGACCAGAAUUAUAUUUAACUGUAAGUUCUGUAUAUACUUUAAAAACAGUAAUAUUAUGGUUUAUUGAUGGAAUAAUAGAAUCAAUGAUAAUAUUCUUUUGUGGAAAAUAUUUAUUAAGUGGAGAUAUUGGAUUUGGAGAGAUUGGGAUAGGUGCGUUUGGAUUUACUAUUUAUUGUGCCAUUGUUAUAGUUUCAUGUUUUCAUCUUGCAACAUAUUCUCAUACAUUUGUAUGGCCAUUUUAUAUAUCAAUGAUUUUAUCAAUACUACUAUUCUUUGGAUGGUAUAUUUUUUAUGGAUUUGUUGGUGGAUUUAAGUUUAUUUCUAUGGGAGAGUCUGUGUACAUGUUGGCACUUAAUCUUUGCUCUUUACCAAGAUUCUGGAUUGUUUUAUUAUAUAUUGUUUGUAUUCCAUUAGUUAAACCAACUUUUCUUCGUUGUCUUGAAGAUAUUAAAAAACAAAAUGAAGAAAUAAAACCCCUUAACACUCAAACUAUGACGCUUUUCAUGCAAACAUCUUCUCAAUUCUAUAAAGUUAAAGAGGAUUAG